GGUCGUUUAUCCAAAGUUAUAAGUUUACAUUAUUAUACUUAGUCGUCCUCGGUCUUCCAAAAUAAUAAGUUUGUAGUCUAAAAUGAAUAACGAAAAUUUAAAAUGGGCAUUCAUCACUCAAUUAAAUAGAUUACCCUAGUCAGGGUCAGUUUUAUCUGUUUAUCUCCCAUUCUGUAAGGUCAUUCGAUCCUGCUCAGUUGAUACAAAAGUGUUGUGUUCAUUAUUCGUAAAAAUGUACUGUGAACUACCAAAACUUACAAGGUGCUGUUUCUGCAUGCCUCUAAGACGAGGGCUUUUGAUUUUCGGAUAUCUCAACAUAUUGUACUCAGCGAUCGGCGUGAUAGUCUACAGCGCCAGAAUCCAUCUGGAUGAGCAGAUAGUAUCUAUCGCCUACGACGACAUCGAUGUCUUGGACGUGUACAUGAACGACGCUCUUUAUUGUAUUGACAUUGCUUUCAACUUGGUUUUGAUUUAUGGAGCGCAUAGGCAAAUUGUAAGAUGUCUCAAAAUUUUCUACUACUAUACGCUGGCUACGUCACUUGCAAUGGUCAUUCUGGCUAUAUAUUUCAUAUAUUCAAGACCUUAUUAUAUUACUGAGUAUGUGACAUUGUCCUUCACUAGAUGUUGUUUAUACAUCUACCUAAUCAUUUUGGUGAGAAGUCUUAUAGAAAAACUAGAAAACACAUCUGGCCUUACAUAUGAAAAUCAGCUUCAAGAAAUCGUCGCUGGCGAAAUAAAAGAUGGCAACGCAGUUUACCCGAGCUUACCUGCUGAAACUGAUUAGAAUUCCGCAUAAAAAUUAGUUUAGAAGAGUUUAUUCCUAGUCCGCUCCAUACAACCGUACUUUGGUCCUCAUUUGAAUAUUAACAAAUAUCAGUCAAAGAAAUUUUGUGAACACUAAAAAAAUGAAAAUAAUAGUAUUAAGUAAAAAAUAGUAGUUUAAAAGAGUAAACAAAAUUUUGACACUGAUAAUGCCUUUAGCACAGAGGCCAUUCACUGUGACUGAGGUCUUAUAACUCUCCUUGUGCGAAGUCUUUAGUUUGCCCAGGCAGCGACCUAACUAAAAGGUUCAUUACGAACAAAAAUGUUUGCGGGCAGCAAGCUGCAACAUUUUGCUUCAACUUGAUGUCCAAGCUUUUUUUUUUUUGGGCAGCUUGUUGCCAAGAUUUUUAUUCGCAAUAUUCUACUAUUAUAAGAUACUAUUCCUAAGAAAAAAUAAUAAUAAUAAAAUUAGACUUUAUACUUUGA